AACAAAAAUAUUCACAAACCGUGUCUAUGAACUCUGUGGUGUACUUGACUGCUGAGGUGUUUGGUGGAAAACUCAAAACCGUCCAUUGAUUUUUGGGUUAUUGUGUGGAGUGUAGGAGGUGUGGUAUUUUAAGGAUGAACUGUGACAUGCGGAACGAUAGAAUUAAAUGCUCAAAACAAACCUUUUCGUAGUGCCUCUCAUUCAAUUUUUUUUACGUGGAAGUACUCAUGUAUUUGUAUAUGAGAAUGUUUUUAUGAAAAUGAGUGUUAGUUUAUACCCCGGCGAUCAGUGUGUUUAUUAUUAUUGUUAUCAGUAUAUUAAUUAAUUGGUGAAAAUGAGUAGCUGGGCAGCUAGAAUGCAUAGACGUGCUGCUACCUUCAGUAACGUUGUGACUUCUUGUGGUCAUCCCUCUGGACCUUAUCCUCGAAGACUGGAAAAGGUUAAAUUUGGGGUGCCCCUUGAAGAAGUUUGCAAAAAUGACAUACCGGGACCACUUUUAGUACUAAUCCUCAAACUGAAUAAAGAAGCCCCCUACCGCAAGGACGUUUUCAGGGCGCCGGGCAAUCAGGGUGUGAUGAAAAAACUGAUACACUUCCUACAAACAGGCAGACUGGUCAACAUCGACAACUUCAGCGUGUACACCAUCGCGAGUGUUCUGAAAAAGUUCCUCAGGAAAAUACCGGGUGGAGUCUUCGGAAGGGAGUUGGAAAACCGAUUUUUCGAGGUCAUCGAAAUGGACGAUCAUCAGCAGCAGAGAGACGAGAUCCACAGGAUUUUGACGUCAUUGCCAGUCUACACGCAGCGUAUCCUAGUACUGCUCUUCGGUACAUUCCGUGUAAUUUCGUCAAACAGCGAGAAGCACAGCACCGGCAUGACCAGCGAGGCCUUGGGUGUCAGUGUGGCACCUAGCUUUUUCCAUUCCUGCGUCCACGAUGGCCGUGUGGCCAAAAUGGAAGACGUCAUGAAGUUCAAGGUAGCGUCCAAGAUCGUCAAGCAUCUGAUUGAGGAGUUCGCCACCAGCGAUCUCUUCGGCAGAGAGAACUACGAGUUUUAUGCCAGGGUAACAGGGAGGGUGCUCAGGGUACAAGGACAAUGGAUCUGUUCCUUCCAGUAUCCUCCGGUCAACGUCAAGGAUCCUGUUUAUCCCAACGAAUUUAUAGCCCUCGAGCCUUAUCUUAUAGAAAAUUCCAACGUGGAAGAAUGUCAAUCCACUCCAGCUCUACUUGAGGUUACACAGCCUCAGGUUAGUUCGUCUUCCUUAGGAAUAAUAACAGAGCAUUCCCUACUUGAGUCAUGUACGAGGCUAUCUAUUUCCCUAGAACAAAAUGGUUUAUUCCAGGCUGCAAACAAUACAUCCCAUUCGUCUAGUGGUAGUCACAGUUCCAGAGCCAGCCAAAACCACUCUGGCCCCAAAAUGACACUUGAUGAACUGAAAGAAGUUAAUAAGUACGCUGAGAGCACUAAAAGUUUAACUUACCUCCCCCAAGUACACGAGAGACAGACUGAGAGAAUGAAGACUCGUUCACAAUGGUUUUUAGCACCCUCUGUUGACUGUUGCAGUUGUGGAGGAUCGGUAGACAUGCUUCUUGAAGACAUCGAUGUGAAAACUUUAACUUCUGCUCUGGUGCGGAGAUCUUCUUCUGGUACCAUAGUUGGAAUUGCAGGUCUUUCUUUGAGUGCCGAAUCUGUACAGAAGAGGCCAAGUAUAAGGAGAUCCAAUUCUAGAGAUAAGAGAAGUUAUUUACAUAGAUCUACCAGUAGAAGAGCUAAACAAAACGGCUCUAGAUCCAAUAGUUUCAAGAAUCGAGAGAGAAAGAUAUCCACCUCUAAAUCUGGAAGCUUCAAGAUGAAAUAUGGCAACAUAUCCAGAUCCUGCAGUUUGAAAAAUAAGGCGGAACUAUGUUCAUGCCCUUCCAACAACAACGAAGUUCCGCCUAUGAACGAGGAGCCGAAAUGCUCUGAUCUACCUUCUACUGCCAAAAAAACCACCGAAACCAUUUGUAUAACGCUUACUUACAAGCCUCGAAUCUAAUGUAUUCUCAAUAUCCAAGAGAGUUCCUCAGGAGAUCUAAGUAUACUUUAUUCUAUUUCAGUAUGUCCUGAAAGUGUAUCAACCUCACUCCAAACAGUUAUUCUGGUGACAUUGUUCAAUAACUUCUUGAUUUGCUCAUUUUUGAAGAAAAUAACUUGACACCACUUAUUGAAGUUUUCAUUGUUCAAGAUUUUGACCGCACGUCAGUAAGUGCGAAAUUAUCACUAAAUCAUCACUAAAUGUGCAUCACAUAUUUUUAAAUAGAAUCUCAAUGGAAUUAUUCACAAAAUUUGGAAUUGAUGAAUUUAUAGUCAGCUAGUAAUUGUUUUUUUUUUUUUAAAUUUGAUUUUAUUAAUUUUAAUGAAUCAAUAGCUGAUGAUGUUGAUACAUUGUGCAAAUUUUUGAUGAUAGUUAUUCAUCAAGCUUUCGGUAAGAAAUUGUGAUUAUGUUUUUAUUCCAAUUUAUUUAUUUAUCAAAUAGAUACAUCCAAAUUGGAUAAUCUGUGUUGGAUCUUAUAGAUCUAUUAUUAUUUUUAAUGAAUUAUGAAUCUUCUCUAUACUCUCUUGGAUUACUCAUUCAAGAAAAAACUAAGUGAGGAUCGCCAAAACAUGUAUGAAAUACGCUGAUAUUAAUUGAAUGGAAUUACAUAUUAGAAUUUGAAGAAUGAAUUAAUAAAAACUUUACGCUUAUUAAAGAUAAUUAAAAUCGUAAAUGAGGUGAUUAUAAGCAUUUAUCUGUGCUGAAAAACAUUUUGAAUUUUUAUGAGGAUUCCUUGGAGAUUAUUGAUAAAUGAAACUUAAAUUAUGAAAUAGAUUGAAUGAACAUCACCAAAAUUAUAUUGAACGAAAACCCAAACGUUCUUCCCGAUUUUGUAUCAAUUCUGUAAUUGAUUGAACAAUCCAUAUUUAACAAUCGAAAUAUUUAUACUUGCGUGUUUAAUUGAUUACACAUAAGGGAUGACAUUUUCUGUGCAAUUUUCAGCAAUAUUGUUCAGAGGAAAAAACUUCCAAUAAGUACAAAUAUAUAAUUUAUUUUUCUAGUUUAUAGGUUGUUCAAAAUUAACAUUCCAAAAUGAUGAAAUGUGUAUUUCAUAUUGUUUUAAUCAAACCUAAUUUUAAGUUCACCUGUAUGAUUAUAUUUAAGCACUAUAUUUCACAUUCAUUCUUGUAAAUAGCACCACUUUGUUAUUUUUAUAUGGUAUUUGUAUUAUUAUAUUCAUACAGUAUUGGUUCAUUUAAGUAUUUGGAAUGAAAAGAGUCAGUAUUUGUAAUUUUUCUGAAUUUUAUAUGAAAUAUUUUUCUAGUAUUUUAGAGAUAAAUUUGGCUUUUAUAUUAUUUUUCAUUCAUACCUAAAUACUGUAUAACAAAACAUUUGAGGAUUACCCAUCAAGUAUCAUUUCCAAGAAGUCUGAUUUGAAAAAAUUAAGUAAAUUAUCGAAUUUUUUAAAUCUAAAACGUUAGUUAUUAAGAGUUUGAUAAUGACAGUUUUCUGUGUAUUUUUGUGAUUUUUUACAAUGAUUCAUAUCUAACAAUAUCGACUAUUUCAUUCAACUGAGAUAUCACAUCUUAUUUUGAAUCAGAAAAUAUUGAACUUAGAAUCAAGGACAAAAGUACCAAUAGAAUAUAUUCUCUGUAUUAAUCUGUUGUUUCCGAUUUGAUGUUAAGUGUUGAAUCCAGAGUCCCACAAAAUUGUUGAUAAAUGUAUAAAAGAAGUAACACCAAUGAUAUAUUAGGUCUAUGUGAGAUUACUGUAUUUUUUCGAGAAAUUUUAUUGGACUACCUUUUGGCUCCUGCUUUGUAACUGUGUUUGAAGAGACAUGCAUUUUCCCGUCAUGAUAUUUGGCCAAAGAGUUUUAUCUAAGAUUUUCAGAAUUUUCUAAUAUAAUUAUGAUCUCUGUUAUAAAUAUUAUUGUGUUCAAUAUUUAUUAUGUUGUGUUCUAUGUCAUUUUGUUUCGAAUAAAAUUUUAGCUGAUAUUUGUUUUAAA